CCCUUCCGAGAACCACGCUUUCCUCUCUCAUGUAUUUGGAACAAAACAAAAGGCACGGCGCAGACUGGCAAUUCUCGAGGUCGCUAGCAUUAUGGCAGACGAAGUUGCCAGACGGAGGGAACUGCGGAGGAAAAAGAUCUUGGAGAAUGCAGAAGAGAGAAAGAGGAAAAUAUUUGGGACAAACACGUACCACACCUCUAUCACACAAAAUGGCGAAACUCCGGACCUGAAAGUCGAACCUACCCUCUUGGUUGAUACUGGAAGUCAGCCAAACACAAAUCAUAAUCACAAUGCCACAAGCAAUAGACACCAGCAGAAUGAUGUCUCUGGGUCAAACUCAAAUGACCUUGAAACUUUGCACAAUCUGCUGUCAACUCCUUCCCCAGGUCUGCAGAGUGCAAGUUUUUUGAGUCCACAAAGUGAGACUAAUUCUAAAGUCAUCACUUGUUUCACAUCACCUGUACCCUUGGCAUUGUUGGUCUGUCUCAUGUUGUACAUAGAUUUGGGCUAUGUAAUAUCAAAUAGUUUAGCCUUGCCAUUCAUUCUUUGGGAGGUUCAUAAAAUGUGGUUGAAAAACUUCAGUGUUGAAAACACUAGUCGCUGUUUUAGCUUCUUGAGCAUUGCUUUGAUGUUGUGGGGGUUUACGCAUCACAAAACUACAUAUCCCAAUUCUGUCACUCUUUACUUGUUUUGUUGA